AUGAAUGUCUAGAGACUAUAGGUAAAAAAGAAUCUAAAUAUAUAAAUGUCAAUAGGAUAAGGAGCUCAUGCAGUAGUUAACACAGCAAGGAAGAAAGGCACAAAUGAAAUUUACACAGUUGAAAUAGUACGAUCUGGAGAUUAGGAAAUAUAAAAUAAGGUUAGGAGAGCCUUCUAUAAUACUUUAUGUCUAAGACAUUAGAAUAUUGCUUAGAAUAUUGAAUUAUAUAUUAAUGAGAAAAGUAAAACCUCCUAUUUAGAGAGUAUUGUGAUUUUUCUAGUUUGGAUAGUAUUAUUAAAAAGCGUCCUUUAAAAUCAAAAGAGAUCAAAGUAAUAAUCAAAUAAUUAUUAUUGGAAAUCUAACAUUCUCAUUUUAAAGGCAUUUGUCAUAGAGAUCUUAAACCAAAUAAUAUAUUUGUCUAUUUAUAAGAAAAUAUUACUCCACCUCAUGUGAAACUUGUAGAUUUUGGAGUCUCUCGAAGAUUCAUAUCUAUUCAAAAGAAGUUAAUUUUUGGGCUAUUGGAAUCAUUUGUUAUUAAUGUACUUUUUAAAGGCUUCCUCUGCAUUCUAAUCAAUUAUCAGAUUUUGUUGAUCUAAAUGGACAUUCAAAGAAUCUUUAAGUAUUUUAGAUAUAUCAUUUUCAAAUCUCAUAUUAUCUAUGUUAAAUCCGAAAUAAGAAAAUUGAAUAACUGUUGAUGAAGCUAUUCAACAUCCAUUUUUGAAAUUGGUACUACUUGUGAUGUUAUUGCAUUGAUAAAUAAAAAUAAUGUACAAAGAGAUAAUUGUGAAAGAUGUAGAUCAUUAGUAAAGAGUCUUAAAAUAAAGGAACAAUUGGAAGAUGUGAUCAAAAAAUUAUAAAAUAGUUCUAGUGUAAUUGAAAAUAUUAGUAUUAAUGAUCGAGGUAGAGAUUUUGUAAAUUUUCAUAUCAUCUAAAGACACACUGAUAAAUGUGGCUUAAUCUAAUUAAUGAAUUCAGUUAGAAGUAGUAAUGCCUUUAUGAGUAAAUUAUGAUCUAGAGAAAUUUUAGAUAGAAGUUGUGGUCUCUAAUUUUGUGGAUCAUCAAGUAUUUAUUGCUCUACAUAUUUUUUUAGAGAAAACAAUCCAUAAAGAUCCAUUUGGAGAUGUCUUUAAUAUAUAAAGCAGCAUAGAAAUGAAAGUAGAAUAACACAAUUAAAAUAAUGGAAUAUUAUCAUAAUUAGGAUCAUAGCUUAGAAGUUAUAUUGGCAUCUUAAAAACAGAAUUAAUUGUAAGAACAACAGCGUAACAAAAAGAGAGAAUCAUAAGUUAAUAGAAUGUUUAAAGAAUUAAAGAGGUGGAUGAAAUUACUGAACAUUAAUCUUGA